CCGCUCUCCCUAUCUUUCUAUCUCAUCCCAGACUUUCUCUCACUUCCUUUCUCUUUGGGAGAGAUUUAAGAGAGUUUCUUUAAUCUCUUUUCGUUUUGUAGUUUUGUUUUUAAUGGUUUCCAGAAUUUGCUGAGUAAACUCUCACUAACAGGGAGGAAGAAGAAGAAGAAAAGGAGAGCCAGAAAAGAGAAAGCGAGAGAGAGAGAGAGAGAGAGAGAGAGACUUUGCAGAGAAAACGAUACCUAAUAAGUUCCAUCUUCAUCUGUUUUUUUUCCUUCUCUCUUUCGAUCUCUAUCUGCAGCUCCAAGGAUCCGACCAUAUGUGAUAUGUGUACAUAAUCAAUCAUCCACCCACCUGGGGAGAGAGAGAGAGAGAUAUGAAGCAGAUUGAAGAAUUCAUGAUCACAUGGGAAUAGCUAAAACCCCCACAAUCUUCCCUUCUCGUCAUCAACCCUUCAUCAAGAAUUUCAACAACAACAACAACAGCUCAUCAUCAGAUCUUUCUAUGUCCCAAGAUUAUCAUCAUCGUCACCAUCAUCAUCACCACCAAGGCAUCUUCACCUUCUCCAAUGGAUUCGACCGAUCAUCCUCCACUCUGACACAUCAGCAGCAGCCGCCUCAACAAGUCGGUAUCGACGAAGAUUCCGCCGCCGGAGCUGAGAUUCCUGUCUACGAAACCACCGGAAUGUUGUCGGAAAUGUUCACUUUCCCCGGCGGUGGAGCCGCCUCCGGCGAACUCCUCGACCAAUCUCUACCGUCGUCUUACAACCCGUCGAAUUCGGUAACUACAAGACAGUUGUUGGAGCAACAACACCGUCACCAUCACCAGAAUAUUCCGGCGAUUAAUGUCGCCGACUCCGCCACCGCAGCCGCAGCCGCCAUGCAGCUCUUCUCGAUGAACCCUCCACCGCCACCGCCAUCGCAACGCUCACCGUCUCCGUCGCCGCAAGACUCCACAACAACCAACAACAACAACUCAUCAACUCUUCACAUGUUACUACCAAAUCAUCAUCAAGCCUACACAACCGCUUUCGGCAACAACAACAACAACGCUAUACAACAACAGCUUCAUCAGCAGUUCACGUGGUCGGAUCAUCAGCAUCACGGCGAUGGAGCUGAGAUCGGGGCCGUACACGUGGAAGGAGGACAAGGCCUCUCGCUGUCGCUUUCCUCGUCGCUUGAAGCGGCGGCGGCUGCAAAGGCGGAGGAGUAUAGGAACAUUUAUUACGGAAGCAACCAAGGAGUGGAUGGUAAUUCAUCAUCUUCUAACACUUCGGCCCAUCAAUACAACCACUUCAAGGGUCUACUAAGUUCUUCGCAUCAUCAGCAACAUCAAGUCAUUGGUCAUUUCGCCUCGCCGUCGGCUUCUUCUUCCUUCUCCAUUGCAGGGAUCAACAUCUUGAGGAACUCAAAGUACACCAAAGCGGCGCAAGAGUUGUUGGAGGAGUUUUGUAGUGUCGGAAGAGGACAUUUCAAGAAGAACAAGUUCGGUAAUAGGAACAGUUCAAACCCUACCACUAGCGGCGGCGCCGGAGGAGGAGGGUCUUCUUCGUCCGCAGUGGCGACAAAGGAUCAUCCUCCUUUGUCGGCGGCAGAUCGGAUCGAGCAUCAGAGAAGGAAGGUCAAGCUACUCUCCAUGCUUGAAGAGGUGGACCGACGGUACAGCCACUACUGUGAACAAAUGCAGAUGGUGGUCAACUCGUUCGACCUAGUCAUGGGUUACGGAGCGGCCGUUCCGUACACGGCAUUGGCCCAAAAGGCCAUGUCCAGGCACUUCAGGUGCCUAAAGGACGCGAUUUCCGGGCAGCUAAGGCAUCCUUCGAUCUCACAGCUCGGGGAGAAGGACGUUGCCGGCUCGUCUUCGGGCUUAACAAAGGGCGAGACCCCGCGACUGCGUUUGCUCGAGCAGAGUUUGCGUCAGCAACGCGCGUUUCACCAGAUGGGCAUGAUGGAGCAGGAAGCGUGGAGGCCCCAACGCGGUUUGCCCGAACGCUCCGUCAAUAUCCUCAGAGCUUGGCUUUUCGAGCAUUUUCUUCACCCGUAUCCAAGCGAUGCAGAUAAGCACCUCUUGGCUCGACAGACUGGGUUGUCCAGAAAUCAGGUGUCAAACUGGUUCAUUAACGCUAGGGUUCGUCUGUGGAAGCCAAUGGUGGAGGAGAUGUACCAGCAAGAAGCAAAAGAAGAAGAGGAGGAGGAAGAAGAAGAAACAUCGCAACAACAAAGAAGAAAGCAACAAACAAACAACAACACGAAACCCAACAACAACAAUGAAAGCAACAGCACUGUCGUUCAGACAAACGCACAAACUCCAACGCCUUCAACCACAGCCACAACAACUGUAACAGCUGCAGCAGCAGCAACAGGCCACCACCAAAGAUCCGAAAUCAAUGCCCUCGAAAGCGACCCUUCACUGCUCCUCCCUCCUUCCUCCUCCUCCGCCGCCGCGUUCCCCGUCGCAGUCGCUGCCGGAGGUUUCGGGACCGCAAACGCGAACGCCGGCGAUGAUUUUGGUAACCCUAGUGGUGGUGUCAUGAGGUUCGGGACCAACCCGGCCGGUGACGUGUCACUUACACUUGGUCUACGCCACGCUGGCAAUAUGCCCGACAAAAACCCUUCCUUUUCCAUUAGAGACUUUGGGGGUUUUUAGUUUGGUUCCUUUUUUUUCCACCUCAUUUUAUUAAUUAAUUAACUAUAGUUUUAUCCUUCGAUCUCACAGACUUUAGCCUUUUUUUAUUUUUUUUUUCGGUCCUCUUCUCUAUCUCGUGGAAAGAAGAAGAAGAAGAAGAAGAAGAAAGAUGCAUAAAUUCAUAUCCCCAAAAAUUUUCCCUUUUAUUACCAUA